AUGGCCUCACUAUGCCCGGGGUUCCGAAAACGACGAUCCUUCCGACGGACCAUCCGUAUUUGUAUUUUGAUAAGCGUCAUUGUCGCUCUGAUGCACAGUGUAUGGACGAAUCACAAUGACUUGUCUCGGGAAUUGCUAGAUCCCUUGUCCAGUCUCCACCAUCCCGAUGAUCCCAAUGUGAAACUCGUGUUUGCCCAAAUGAAUCUGACGAAUCCAGGAGUCGGUGGGACAGGUCUAUUGUUAGAUGUGUCGAAACUUCCCAAAGAAGAAGCCGAGAAGUUCCAGAGGAGUUUGGAGCAGAGGGAGUACUCCAGUUAUACCAGUAGUCUCAUACCUCUCCAGAGAUCUCUGCCUGAUAUCCGUCUUAAAGGAUGUCACUCGCUGUACACAGACCUCAAUCUCCCUGAAACUAGUGUGGUCAUUAUCUUCUACAACGAGCACUGGUCAGUCGUGUUACGGACCAUCCACAGCGUCAUGGACAACACUCCACCCCAUCUCAUCAAGGAGAUCAUCUUAGUUGACGAUGCAUCUACAGACGAGGUUCUGAAGGAACCGUUAGAAAGGUAUGUGUCCCGAUUCAGGAAAGUGCAGAUAGUGAGAGUUAAGUCAAAUGUGGGAUUGACAAGAGCGCGGAUGAUAGGCUUUGAACAGUCUACUGCUCCUGUAGCAGUGUUCAUGGACGGACAUUGUGAAUGUUUUCCUGGUUGGCUGGAACCACUGGUGACAAGGAUCGCAGAAAAUCAGAGUAUAAUAACUACCCCUAACCUUCACGCAGUAGAUUCUAAAAGCUUCAAGAUCAACGAAUGGGGGCAGGGCAGGGGUAUGGGCAUACCCAUUCUCGGCUUCCCAAAUCUUUUCUUCACCUGGUCCUCCAUGUCAGAAGAGGAGUGGAAGAAGAGAACACGGGAGACUGAUCCAGUACGGUCUCCAGCCAUGGUUGGAUGUGUCAUUGCCGUCAGCAGGAGUUGGUUCAAGAAACUUGGAAUGUUUGAUCCUGGUUUGGAAAUCUGGGGUGGGCAGGCUACCGAGUUAGCUAUCAAGACGUGGCUCUGUGGAGGUGGACUGGAGAUUAUUCCCUGUUCCAAUGUAGCGCAUUUGUACCAUCCUCAUCGACCAUCAGAAAAACGUAGGAUCGCGUACAACAGAAACAUAGCUCGUGUAUCCAAUGUGUGGUUGGACAAGUACAAACACUUUAGUGACAAUUAUGACGGUAGCAUUGCGGAUUUUGGUGACAUUUCUGAUAGGAUAGCUCUCAGAGAUUCACUUAAAUGUCAUCCAUUUGAGUUUUACUUGACAAAUGUUAAUCCAUAUCAGCUCAUCCCAGGGAACGGUAUUUACACAGGUCUAAUACGUAAUGUUGAGCUUGGUACCGACUGUCUCGACUCGGGAGGCACAAAGAAUGGGGAUAAAAUCAAUGUUUUGUUGUACUCUUGUCAUGGGCAAGGAAAUCAACUAUGGGAUUUCACAGAACGUCGUGAGAUUAGAACUGGAGGACAAUGUUUAGAUUCAGGAUAUGGAGAUAACGUUGUGAUGCGGAACUGUCACGGUCUGAGAGGGAACCAGGAGUGGGAGGUGGUCAGUGUGGAAGGUCAAGUGUUGCUCCGGUCUUACGGAAAUUGCGUUGGCGUUACCAAAAGUAACCAUGCUCUUGUCUUGGAGAAAUGCCACAAUUCUGCACUACAGCGGUGGACUUGGAAGCAAAACAGGAAACCUAGGAUUUCUUGA